AUGUCGACAACAGUGGACAAGAUCAAGGAGAUCGAGUCAGAAAUGGCUCGAACUCAAAAGAACAAGAACACUUCAUUUCAUUUGGGUCAACUCAAAGCGAAAUUGGCCAAGUUGAAAAGAGAACUGCUCACUCCGUCAGGGGGCGGCGGUGGUGGAGGUGCCGGUUUCGACGUUGCGAGGACCGGUGUGGCCAGUAUUGGCUUCAUUGGAUUCCCGUCCGUCGGCAAGAGUACACUGAUGAGCAAAUUGACUGGCCAGCACUCCGAGGCGGCUGCUUAUGAGUUUACGACCCUGACCUCGGUUCCCGGUCAGGUUGUCUACAACGGCGCUCCUUUACAGAUCAUUGAUCUACCUGGUAUUAUUGAAGGUGCCAAAGACGGCCGAGGUCGAGGUCGUCAAGUCAUCGCCGUGGCCAAGACUUGCCACCUGAUCUUUAUUGUCCUGGAUGUCAACAAACCCCUGACCGACAAGAGAGUCAUCGAGUCCGAACUGGAAGGGUUCGGUAUCCGUAUCAACAAGGAGCCACCGAACAUCACAUUCAAGAAGAAGGACAAGGGAGGUCUGAACAUCACCAACACUGUCCCUCUGACGCAUAUUGAUCACGGCGAGAUCAAGGCUGUGAUGAGCGAGUAUCGCAUCAAUUCAGCAGAUAUCACGAUUCGCUGUGAUGCGACGGUUGACGACCUCAUCGACGUCCUUGAAGCCAGGAGUCGAAGUUAUAUUCCCGUCGUGUACUGCCUCAACAAGAUCGACUCCAUCAGUAUUGAGGAGCUUGAUCUCCUCUACCGAAUCCCGCACUCUGUGCCCAUCAGCUCAGAGCAUGGCUGGAACUUGGACGAGCUCAUGGAAGCCAUGUGGGACAAGCUCGCUCUGAAGCGAGUUUAUACCAAGCCCAAGGGCAAGGCGCCAGAUUACUCCUCGCCUGUGGUGCUUCGGUCCAACAGGAGUACAGUCGAAGAUUUUUGUAACGCCAUCCAUCGAACCAUCACAGAACAGUUUAAAACAGCCAUUGUGUACGGCAAGUCCGUCAAACACCAGCCGCAGCGUGUCGGCUUGGGCCACCAGCUGGAAGACGAAGACGUUGUCACCAUUGUCAAGCGAUGA